AUGACCUCAGUGCCCCAAAGGCACACCUACUAUGGGGCGCCUGCAUCCACGUACACACAAUCACGGCAGUCUGUGGCCUUUGGCAACACUCAAAAACGAAAACAUGUAACUUUCGGACCUUACAUCAUAGGUUCGACACUCGGGGAAGGAGAGUUCGGCAAAGUGAAAAUGGGAUGGUCAAAGAUCUCUGGCUCGUCUUCUAUGGACGUUUCCAAGCAGGUUGCCAUUAAACUUGUAAGAAGAGACAACAUUCCGAAGAACUCAGAAAAAGAGGUCAAGAUAUACCGUGAAAUCAACGCUUUGAAGCAUUUAAACCAUCCGAACAUUGUAAAGCUGGAGGAAGUUUUACAGAACUCAAAAUACAUUGGUAUUGUGCUGGAGUACGCUUCUGGUGGGGAGUUCUACAAGUACAUUCAGAAGAAGAGACGUCUCAAAGAAAAUGCUGCUUGUCGAUUGUUUGCUCAGCUUAUUAGCGGCGUUUGUUACAUGCACUCCAAAGGUUUAGUUCACCGUGAUUUGAAACUUGAAAACUUGCUUCUUGACAAACAAGAGAACUUGCUAAUCACGGACUUCGGAUUUGUGAAUGAGUUCAGUCCCGAGGAAGAACUUAUGAAAACUUCUUGUGGCUCGCCUUGUUAUGCAGCCCCGGAACUAGUCGUCACCGCAAAGCCAUACGAGGCUCGAAAGGCAGAUAUAUGGUCUUGCGGUGUGAUUUUAUAUGCGAUGCUGGCUGGAUAUUUGCCUUGGGAUGAUGAUCCUGAUAAUCCAGAUGGAGAUGACAUCGGUAAACUUUACCGCUACAUCACAAGAACGCCACUUAAAUUUCCAGAUUAUAUUACUCCAGUACCCAGAGAUCUCUUAAGAGAGACGUUGAUAGCGGAUCCGACUAAAAGAAUCACCACAUUAGGAAUCCUACAGCACAGAUGGUUGCAACCCCAUCAUUUAUUUCUCGCAGUUACACCUGUAGAGUGGGAUCACAUAUCCAAGAAUCAAGAUAUCUUGAGGAGACCGCCUCCCAGAAAGGAUGGUGCAAGCUCUACAAGACCGCGGUCGGCGUGUUCCGUCUCUUCCUCAAAUUCUAAAGGUGAAAAGCGCAAUUCGCUAAUUAUGGACUCCUCACUGUAUUCACAACCCGUUCCACCUCAGCAGUCACAAUCUCAUGCAGUUGCUGUAUCUUCGUCGCCGUCUCCGCGGAUGCGUCAAUCUCCAGUGAAAAGGAAUCGUCAUAGCCGUAGCAACUCAGCGGCAUCCGUUGCAUUACAGGCAGUUGUCGAUGCUGAAAAGGAAUAUCAUGCUACUCAUCCUACAGUUCCAACUUCCACUUCGGCAUCUACUCUGCAAUUCGAGUCGCCAGCGUCUAGUCAACACAACACGUCUCCCAGGCUUUAUCAACAUGCAUUGCCCAAACCAAGCAUUAAUACGGUCUCGUCUUUAAGAGAUAGCGUAAUCGUUGAGACAAGCCCGCAAAAAGGCUCAGCACCUUUUCUAAUAACUCCUGCACAUAAUGAUCUUGCUUCAGGAUUGGUCGUGCCGGCCACCUUGGGUAAUGUCACCAUGCCAUCGACGAGCGCCGGACAGAAGACAUCCCAUUCUACUGCAAGUCACUCACUCCACAGUAGUUCACUUCACAGGAGGCCAAGGCCAACGUCUUAUCACCCGACGUCCUUUAGUGCAUUUAACGAAAGUUCUACUGGGACUACAACAAUUGCACCGUCGAGAAAGGAUUAUGAAGAAACGGCUACUGUAAGCUCAAAGAAUUAUCAACCGACGGACAGAGGCUCCCCGCAAAUGAUUCAAAAGGAUUCUUUCACCUUGAGUAAGCCAUUAGUAGAUUUGCAAUUGGUUACAGGCGAUUUAAUCAAAACCGGAGAUGAUAGCGACAGUGUUGCUCAGAAGAUACACGAUCAAGUAGAGGAUGCUGCUCAUAGAGUCGAUAUGUCGCGACAGAGAAGGAAAAGUCAGAGGUAUAGUAUGGUUUACGAUAGAUUGGUCGGGCUGAUGACCGAAGGACCCGAGGAACGGGUGGUAGAGGACGAAGAUCUUUCAAAACAAAAUAGCGAAUCUAUUCCACAGGGGGGGCAAGUAAAGAGUGCAUCAAGCAAUGAGAACAAAAAAAGGUUUAGCAUAAUGUCGGUUCAACCGUCUUUCAAUAACGCAUCAAAAUUAAGCAUGGAAUCGGGCAAUCAAAGGGAAAACAGCAGUGACACAGGAAGGUUGAAGAAUGAGGAUUUUGCGACGCUGCAUAAACUGAGUUUAGAGAGGGAUUCUGCGCAAAGUUCGAGGCAAAGCUCUAGGCAAAGGUUGUCGGCCAAGGAAAAUGAAAUUUCAGGAAGGAAAGAAUCGCCCGUUGUAGGCUCUAGAAUACCCUCUACUAAAGCCGCUGUGGACAGAAAGGGAAGCCCUCAGGUAAUAACAAAUGCAUCGAACGUGCAAAGAAAAGUGCCAUUGAGAAAAACGAGUAAGAAUAGUCAGGAUAAAACCAAGAUUAAUCGCGCUUCUGUGAUGAUUUCAUCUAUGGCGAACAAGAGCGUCGACGGCAUGCCGGAAGCCAGGCCCCGGGAACCAUCCACCGCGAAAAAAGUGAUUGAUUUCUUCAAACGUAGAAGUAUGCGAUUAUAG